AUGGACGAGACUGAAGCUCGGCAAGUGCAGCGCCGAGCAUCCGCCUACAGCAUCAUCAACAACGAGCUCGUCAAGCGCAGCUCCACCGGCGUAUUCCAACGUUGCGUCGAGCAGGACAAGGGCAUUGAGAUCCUCCUCGACAUACACCAGGAGUCGCUCAUCCUCAAGUGUGAGGGAUGCCAGCGCUUCAGCCAGCGCAGCCACCAGCCGGCGUCGGCACUCCAGACCAUCCCGAUCGCCUGGCCCUUCGCGGUCUGGGGACUCGACAUGGUGGGGGCCUUCAAGACCGCCCGAGGCGGCAUGACGCAUUUGCUGAAUCAUCAGGACAACGGCACCAACUUCGCCAAGGGCGCGCUCGCGCAGUACUGCUUCGUCUCCGGCAUCCGCCUCAACCUGGCUUCCGUUGCACACCCGCAGUCCAACGGCCAGGUUGAGCGGGCCAACGGCCUCAUCCUAUCCGGCAUCAAGCCGCGACUCGUCGAGCCGCUCAUCCGUUUGCCCGGCAGCUGGCUCGACGAGUUGCCGGCCGUCCUCUAG